AUGUCCUCACCAGCUUACAAUGAUGAUGGCGACGCCGAAGCUCCCAGUGCUUCUCCAAGAGGCACAGGCGGCGACGAUGACAAUCACACUGUCACUAAGGAAGAAUCCUCCAAAAAAGGUGCAGUUUUGAUCAUUUUGGCCGUCUUUGCCUUUUUGCUUGGCGGUGGAAUCGUGGCAGGUGUUUGGUGGAUCAUGGAAUCCCAAAAGGAUGAUUCUCCCACACCCGCGACAGUUGCGAACAAUGAUCCAGCAUCCACGCCCUCUGCCCCUACCGCUUCGCCGGUCCCAAAUCCCACCCUGCAGUUCACUUCCAAACCUACCAGCCGACCAGGAUCACCCACAGCACGUCCUACUCCUACCGAGUCACCUACUCGUUUUCAGCCAGUCAGCAUGGAAGAUCGAUUGGCGAAUGAGCAUGACCCACUGGUGCAGAAUGCAUUUGAGUGGUUGACAGCUGUCGAUAAUUAUCAACCUGCCGACUAUGCUGAAUUCGAGGAGCGUUAUGCAUUGGCAAGCCUGUUCUUCCAAACCGGCGGUAAUAGAUUGUGGCGAUUCAACACUGGGUGGUUGACUUCGGCAACUGCCUGUGGAUGGUACGGAGUUACCUGUGACAGUGCCGGGAAGGUGGCAGGAAUCGAAAUGAAUGACAAUUCUCUUGUGGGUACCAUGCCAAGCGAAUUGGGCAUCUUGUCUGCAAUGACAUCCAUUACCAUUUUGGGUUCCUUUGAACUGACAGGAAGUUUUCCCACUCAAUUCUCUCGAUUGACCAACCUGAAACGCAUCACCAUGAGAAGCAACUACCUAUCCGGUACCAUUCCUACCCAGAUCUCUUCUCUUCGGCAGUUGACCACACUUGACUUCGAAGAUAAUAUUCUCAGUGGAAGCCUUCCGACGCAGAUUUCACUUUUGACCAAUCUGCAGCAGCUGUCAGCUGGCGGAAAUGAAUUGAAGGGGUCUUUUCCUCCUGGUCUAGUGAAUUUGACCAAUCUUCGAACCUUGGAGUUGGAUCGGAAUCAAAUUGGCGGAACGGUUCCAGAUUUGUCGGGCCUAAGAUUCUUGGAAAAGCUGGACUUGAAGACCAACAAAUUUACUGGAAUUGUGCCAAAUCUACCAAAUUCGCUUCAGCUUUGUGACUUGGACUGGAACAGUUGGAGCAACACGGAAAACGGCCUUUCUAACGGGUGCUUCUAG